AUGGAAGGAGCUUUUCGGCGUUAUUAUGUCCGUCUUCUUCAAUCUUGCUGCAGCAACAGAAAUCGAGAAACUUUAUGGCGACAAGUCCAUGGAUUGUUCGUGAAGAAGGGUUUUAUUAGUUCCAUUGUCAUUGUAGCUAACCAUCUUCUACAAAUAUACUCGAGGUGUGGCGGAAUGGAAGUUGCGCGGAAGUUGUUCGACGAAAUGCCUGAGAGAAAUUAUUUCUCGUGGAACACUAUGAUUGAAGGAUACAUGAAUUCUGGGGAUAAAUGUACUUCUUUGAAGCUGUUUGAUAUGAUGCCAGAAAGGGAUGUGUACUCUUGGAACGUGGUUGUUUCCGGGUUUGCGAAAUCGGGUGAGCUAGGUGUUGCCAGGAAGUUAUUCGAUGCCAUGCCGGAAAAAGAUGUUGUGACGUUGAACUCUCUGCUUCAUAGAUAUAGUGUAAAUGGUUAUGCUGAGGAAGCUCUGAGAUUGUUUAAAGAUUUGAAAUUUAGCGUUGAUGUGAUAACAAUGACGACACUUCUCGGGGCUUGUGCCAAGUUGGAAGCUUUGAAUUGUGGGAGGCAAAUACAUGCUCGGAUUCUGAUCGGCGGUGUUGAAUAUGACUCGGAAAUGAAUAGUUCUUUAGUUAAUUUGUAUGCAAAGUGCGGUGAUUUGAGAAUGGCAAGCAAUAUGCUAGUUCAGAUUGGAGAACCUGAUGACCAUUCUCUCUCUGCCUUGAUUUCAGGUUAUGCAAGUUGUGGGAAAGUUAACGAGUCUAGAAGACUUUUCGAUAGGAAAAGUAACAGAUGCGUCAUUCUAUGGAACUCUAUGAUUUCGGGUUAUGUUGCCAACAGUAUGGAAAUGGAGGCACUGGUUCUUUUCAAAGAGAUGAAGAAUGAAGCUCGGGAAGAUUUCCGUACGAUGGCAUCUGUUAUAACUGCUUGCAGCAGUUUGGGCCUCGUGGAAACUGGUAAACAAAUGCACGGUCGUGCUUUUAAAUAUGGGUUGAUUGACGACAUUGUUGUAGCUAGCACAUUGCUUGACAUGUACACCAUGUGUGGAAUCCCGGUGGAAGCUUGCAAGCUUUUCGGUGAGGUCAAAACCUAUGAUACGAUCUUACUGAACUGUAUGAUCAAAGUAUAUUUCAGCUGCGGAAGAGUUGAAGAUGCGAAACGGGUAUUUGAGAGAAUUGAAAACAAGAGCUUGAUUUCUUGGAACUCAAUGACAGUAGGAUUCAGUCAAAAUGGUUGUCCAGUUGAAACUCUAGAGUAUUUCCGCCAAAUGCACAAGCUGGAUUUGCCGACAGAUAAGUUUAGCCUCUCUAGCGUAAUUAGCGCAUGUGCAAGCAUUUCUUCUCUCGAACUCGGUGAGCAGGUAUUUGCGAGGGCAACAAUUAUUGGCCUUGAAUCUGAUCAAAUAGUAUCAUCCUCUCUCAUUGAUCUCUACUGCAAGUGUGGAUCCGUCGACCAUGGCAGGAGUGUAUUCGACACAUUGGUAAAAUCAGAUGAAAUACCAUGGAACUCAAUGAUAUCAGGUUAUGCUACGAAUGGCCAUGGCUUUGAAGCGAUUGAUUUGUUUAAGAAAAUGAGCAUUACUGGCAUAAGACCAACCCGGAUCACCUUUAUGGGUGUUCUAGUAGCGUGCAAUUACGCUGGCUUAGUGGAAGAGGGAAGGAAAUUGUUUGAGGAAAUGAAGUCGGUAUAUGGUUUUGUUCCAGAUAAAGAGCAUUUUUCAUGUAUGGUCGACCUUUUGGCUCGCGCUGGUUAUUUGGAAGAAGCCGUAGAUCUUGUUGAAGAGAUGCCUUUUGAUGCGGAUGCAAGCAUGUGGUCAUCUGUUCUAAGAGGAUGUGUAGCAAAUGGAUAUAAAGCAAUGGGGAAGAAAGUUGCUGAGAAGAUUAUAGAGCUCGAACCCGAGAACUCGGUUGCUUAUGUUCAGUUAUCCGCCAUAUUCGCAACCUCUGGAGAUUGGGAAAACUCGGCGCUUGUAAGAAAACUGAUGAGAGAAAAGCAUGUAAUGAAGAAACCAGGUUCUAGUUGGGCUGAUUGUUAA